AUGGCCGCGGAGCGCGCCCGCACAGCGGCGGCGGGAGCCCGGGGGCCCGGGGAGCGGGGUGCUCCGGAGGGGACCCGGGCGCCGGCGGCGGAGCGCUGCGCGCGGCUGCCCGGCCCGGGCGCGUGCGGGCUGCUGGCGCUCGCCCUCUGCGCGCUGGCGCUCAGCCUGCUCGCCCACGUUCGGACGGCGGAGCUGCAGGCCCGCGUGCUGCGCCUGGAAGCCGAGUGCGGGGAGCGGCAGAUGGAGACGGCUAUUUUGGGACGAGUCCACCAACUGCUGGAUGAGAAAUGGAAGCUGCACUCCCGGAGGCGCCGAGAAGCCCCGAAGACGUCUCCAGGGUGUCACUGCCCUCCAGGACCUCCUGGUCCUGUUGGGAGACCUGGCCUCCCGGGCGACAAAGGUGCCAUUGGGAUGCCCGGACGUAUGGGGGCCCCAGGAGAUGCCGGGAUGUCCAUCAUCGGGCCCCGAGGGCCCCCUGGCCAGCCGGGCACCCGAGGGUUUCCUGGAUUUCCGGGUCCCAUUGGGCUGGACGGCAAACCGGGCUACCCCGGACCCAAAGGAGAGAUGGGCCUGGCGGGUCCCCGAGGACAGCCGGGGCCCCAAGGAGAGAAAGGAGAAAAGGGUCAGUGUGGAGAAUACCCGCACCGGCUGCUGCCUCUCCUCAAUUCAGUGCGACUGGCUCCACCCCCAGUCAUUAAAAGGCGGACCUUCCAGGGUGAACAGGGCCAGGCCGGUAUCCAAGGCCCACCAGGGCCCCCAGGCCCUCCUGGACCAAGUGGACCUAUGGGGCAUCCAGGGCCCAUGGGGCCACCUGGCUUUCCUGGGCCUCCUGGACCGAAGGGAGACCCAGGGAUCCAGGGGUACCAUGGCCGGAAGGGAGAACGGGGCAUGCCAGGGAUGCCGGGCAAACACGGAAUGAAGGGGGCUCCUGGCAUCGCUGUGGCUGGGACAAAGGGAGAACCAGGAACCCCAGGAGCCAAGGGGGAGAAGGGCGCCGCGGGCCUCGGCCUCCCCGGGCAGAAGGGAGAGAAAGGCGAUUCUGGCAACUCCAUUGGAGUAGGCAGAGGGGAGCCCGGCCCCCCAGGGCUCCCCGGGCCCCCGGGGCCAAAGGGAGAAGCUGGUGUCCAUGGCCAGGCCGGCCCCCCCGGAAAGCAGGGGGACAAGGGGGACCCCGGAGUGCCUGGAGCGCAGGGACCAGCUGGCCCCAAGGGCUCCAAGGGAGAGGCCGGGGAAGGAGAGGCGGUGGAGUGCAACGCCAGCAUCAACGAGGCGCUCCAGGGGCCCCCUGGUCUUCCGGGGCAGAUCGGCCCCCCUGGAGCUCCAGGGAUCCCAGGCCAGAAGGGGGAGAUUGGACUGCCAGGCCCUCCAGGCCACGAUGGGGAAAAGGGACCUCGAGGCAAACCAGGAGACACAGGCCCUCCUGGUCCCCAAGGCCCCCCGGGAAAGCCUGGGCCCACAGGAACAAGGGGAGAAGACGGACAUCCGGGGAGCCCGGGAGAGAAAGGGGAGAAAGGGGAGACGGGGCAGUCAGGCCCACCGGGGCUCCAAGGCAUUCCUGGACCAAAGGGGGAAGCAGGACUAGAUGGAGCGAAAGGAGAGAAGGGUGUCCAGGGAGAAAAAGGAGACCGAGGUCCUCUGGGAUUGCCUGGAGCUUCAGGUUUGGACGGCAGACCUGGGCCACCGGGCACUCCAGGACCAAUCGGAGUCCCAGGCCCGGCCGGACCAAAGGGGGAGAGGGGCAGCAAAGGCGACCCUGGGAUAACAGGACCAACGGGAGCAGCUGGGCUUCCGGGUUUACACGGACCACCCGGGGACAAAGGAAACCGGGGGGAGAGGGGGAAGAAAGGCUCUAGAGGGCCUAAAGGGGAUAAGGGAGACCAAGGAGCGCCUGGAUUAGAUGCCCCCUGCCCGUUGGGCGAAGAUGGCUUACCAGUCCAGGGCUGCUGGAACAAGUGA